UGUCUCGUAAUUUUUUCUAACCAUGAUAAUACAUUAAUUGACAAUGAACUGUCCAGAUGAAUUGAUCAAAAUGACCCUGCUAUUGAUGUUGUCCAGUGUUUGAUUCAAUUACCUAGCUCUAGGUUGUAUUUCUGUGUAUCAUUCUCUGCAAAUCCUUUGAAAGUAUGUCUUGGUAAUAGAUUAUCACUAAUUUAACCUUUUAAAAUGAAGCAAGAGAUUGAGAGAUUGAGGCUAUGGCAGAAAGUCAUGGAGGAUCAGCGACCAAGACUGGCCUGGAACAACAAACCUAUUGAGACAGGAAGAGAGAGGGAAAAAGAGAGAGAAAGGGAGAUGGAAAGGGAGAGAAAAGCAGAAUUGGAAAGACAAGAAAUGAAGAAGAAAAUGGAACAGGCAGAAGAAACGAUAAAAGUGUUAGAACGAGAGAUUGAGAGAUUGAAAGAGAUUGAGAAGGAAAUCAUAUUUGAAAGAGAAAGAGACGUGUGUAUUGCAGAGAAUGAGAAAGUCAAACUGGUUAACGAAAAGGUAAAAGAGUUAGAGAGAGAGGUUGAGAGACUGAAAGAAGAUAUGACAACAAAAGAGAUUCAAUACAAAAUCAAAUUUGAAAGAGCGAAAGAAGCGUUUAGAAGACAGAAUGAGAGAGUGAAACAGGUUAACCAAAAUGUACUAGUGUUAGACAGAGAGGUUGUGAGAAUGAAAGAAGAGAUUAGAUUGAAAGACGAGACUGAACCAGAGAGAACAUUUGAUAGAGACAGAGAGAGAGAAAAUGAUUGGAGACGAAGUGAAGAGGAGAUGAAAAAUAGAGUGGAGAGAGAGAUGGAGAUGGAGACGGCCCUCCUCAAUGACAAAAAGACGUCUGAAUUGGAGGAAGUCUUCAAGAAAAUCAAGGAACAGCGGAUAGAAUUAGAAAAUAUGGAAACAGACAAAUAUAAAUGGACACAGAACCAAAUGGACAUGGAGGAGAAGAUGGAGGGUGAGCACAACAAACAGAAAGAGGUUGAAAGAAAGAGAAUGGAGAAAAUACCAAAACAGAGACAAGAAGAAGAUGAGAACAAGAAGGAGAUGGAGAGAGAAGAAGAGGAGAGACGCAAACAGAAGCACAUAGAGAUGGAAGAGGAAGAAAGAGAGAGGGAGAAAGAGAGACAGAGACAGAUCAGAAGACAGAGAAUGGAGAAGAGACAGAAAAUUAUGGAAAGAGAAGAAGAGAGACAGAGAGAGAUUGAAAGAGAGAUUGAAGAAGAAAGAUGUGGACAGAAGCAAAUAGAGAUGGAAGAGGAAGAACGAGAGAGGGAGAAAGAGAGACAGAGAGAGAUUGAAAGAGAGCAUGAAGAAGAAAGAUGUAAACAGAAGAAAAUAGAGAUGGAAGAGAAAGAAAGAGAAGAAGAGAGACAGAGAGAGAUUGAAAGAGAGCACGAAGAAGAAAGAUGUAAACAGAAGCAAAUUGAGAUGGAAGAGGAAGAACGAGAGAGGGAGAAAGAGAGACAGAGAGAGAUCAAAAGAAAGAUCAUGGAAAAGAGACAAAAACAUAUCGAAAGAGAAGAAGAGAGACAGAGAGAGAUUGAAAGAGAGCACGAAGAAGAAAGAUGUAAACAGAAGCAAAUAGAGAUGGAAGAGGAAGAACGAGAGAGGGAGAAAGAGAGACAGAAAGAGAUUGAAAGAGAGAAUCAAGAACUAUUUGAACAGAAGCAAAAAGAGAUGGAAGAGGACAAACGAGAGAGGGAGAAAGAGAGACAGAAAGAGAUCAAAAGAAAGAGAAUGGAGAAGAGACAGAAAAUUAUGGAAAGAGAAGAAGAGAGACAGAGAGAGAUUGAAAGAGAGAUUGAAGAAGAAAGAUGUAAACAGAAGCAAAUAGAGAUGGAAGAGGAAGAAAGAGAGAGGGAGAAAGAGAGACAGAGAGAGAUCAAAAGAAAGACAAUGGAAAAGAGACAAAAACAUAUCGAAAGAGAAGAAGAGAGACAGAGAGAGAUUGAAAGAGAGAUUGAAGAAGAAAGAUGUAAACAGAAGCAAAUAGAGAUGGAAGAGGAAGAAAGAGAGAGGGAGAAAGAGAGACAGAGAGAGAUCAAAAGAAAAAUAAUGGAAAAGAGACAAAAACAUAUCGAAAGAGAAGAAGAGAGACAGAAAGAGAUUGAAAGAGAGCACGAAGAAGAAAGAUGUAAACAGAAGCAAAAAGAGAUGGAAGAGGAAGAACGAGAAGAAGAGAGACAGAGAGAGAUCAAAAGAGAGAAUGAUGAAGAAAUAUGUAAACAGAUGCAAAAAGAGAUGAAAGAGGAAGUACAAGAGAAGGAGAAAGAGAGACAGAGAGAGAUCAAAGAAAGAUAA